AAAUUUUCCUACAUAUUCAUAUAGGAGCAAACGUCUUUCUCGUUGUAUGCAGAUUCGUAUUGCAAGUUCUGUAAUAGCCUUUUUUUUGUCAACAACUAUGGAUUGGAUACGCUGGGAUUCUAGAAUUUUGCUGUCCGCAUUCCAAAACAGCAUAUAGAGCACUAUUCUUCCCGUGGAGGUGCCAAUAUACAACAGCUUUUCUAAAAACGCAAAAGAUCCGGUAACAGAGGCCGUAAUUUUUUCAUCUGAUGUGUCGAAUCAAUGCACAUUCAAAUGCCCUCCUUUGAAUCAAAAAAAAAAUUCCAAGCCCAAGUUUCGGAUGCUGUCCACAGUGGUGACAACAGUGAUAGCAGCGACCUCGCAGAACCCCUCAAACUGCCCUACAAAAAUAGUUUUGAACAUACGUUUGAAAACUUUCAUCUGAUUAAACAAGAAAAUUCAGUGUACAGCAAGAUAUAUCGAUUUGGACCAUUCAGUUGGAGAUUGAUAUUAUUUCCACAAGGGAACACAGAAGAACAAGAUUUAUCGCUAUAUUUAGAUGUUGCUGAUGCCGAUGAAUUACUACCGGGAUGGAGAAGAGAGGUAACUUUCAAGUUUACACUUGUAAAUGUUGAUGAAUCGAGGAACAUGACGUUUUCUGGUACACACAUAUUUCGGAUAGAGGAGAGGGACCGGGGAUUUGCGAAUAUUAUGGGGCAUAAAUAUCCUAUUUACAUGAAAGAAUCAGAGGGCUAUCUCGUCAACGAUGCCCUAACAUUUAGAAUAACAUUUGAAGUAGAAAAGAUUUGGGACGCUGGCACGUUCGACGGUCAUUCUAGUUUUUUGAAUACUAUAGACUAUAAUGCAAAGAUAGAAACGGGUUUUGUUGGCCUUCGAAACCAGGGAGCAACCUGCUAUCUUAAUUCGUUCCUUCAGAGUCUCUUUCACUUACCGUACUUUCGCUCUGCUGUGUACGCUAUCCCGACUGAUUCAACUAACCCCACAAUACCGUACGCAUUGCAGCUACUGUUUUGGGAUUUGGAGACUAGUAACAAGCCCGUUUUCACGACUGAAUUGACUAAAAGCUUUGGUUGGAAGAGCGAGCAGUUGUUGAUGCAGCACGACAUACAAGAGCUUGCACGCCUUUUAGAAGAGAGCCUAGAAGACCGCAUGAAGGGGACGCCGGUCGAAGGCACUAUUGAAAAACUUUUCCGAGGACAAAUGCAGAGCUGUGUUAGGUGCACAGACAUCGAUUUUUGGUCCCUUAAGGACGAGGUGUUUUACGAUCUCAGCUUAAAUAUUCAUAAAUGUCUCUAUGAGUCUAUAGAUAAGUUCACAGAAGUCGAAAAAUUGGAGGGCCCGAACCGAUGGAAGCCCAAUGAUACAUUGGGUCUGCAGACGGCCAAUAAGUGGAUUAAAUUCAAGACGCUUCCGCCUAUUCUUCAUUUGCAUCUCAAGCGCUUCAAUUUCGAUUGGAACUUGCAGGCGUACGUGAAAGACAAUUCGAAGUUAGUUUUUCCGCCGGAGCUGGAUUUAUCUCCGUAUAUGGUUUCGGAAAACCCAAACCAGUCUGAGACCCUCUAUGCCUUGUACGGUGUCCUCGUUCAUUCGGGUGGAAUGGAUGGUGGACAUUACUAUGCGUUUCUUCGCCCGUACAUUAAGUCUCAGUGGUACUGCUUCGAUGAUUCCUUGGUGAAGGGAGUGGACGAGAGCGAGGCCAUUGACGACAACUUUGGCGGCAACCAAAUCCAAUAUAUCAGAUGGCAGGACGGACGCUCAGCACCAGUUGCCAGCGAGAAGUUCAGAUCUGCUUAUAUGCUUAUCUACGUUCGUAAGUCAGAUCAGAGUUGGAUUUUUGAUUCUAACAAAAAGUUUCAUUCUACGUUUUUGGAAAACAUGAAAAUGAAGAGCCGGCUGGAUGUGGAAAAUGAUACGUGGUUCAGAGUGUUUACAGGUUCCGAGUUUGCAGAACACUUCGGGAUAGGAUUGGCCUACAUCAACAGACAGGGAAAGCGAACCAAGCUCAAAAAGGGCGUACCGCUUAGUCAGCUGAUUAACAAGAUUGAAAAAAACAUCAGUUUACAGAAAGUUCAUAGAUUGUGGAAGGUCCAGCUCUGCGAAGACAAGCGACACGUGAUUCUCAAAGAGCCUUUUUCGAGUUCUGAAUUGAGUCAGAGCAUGGAGGUUUUGCAGGGCUCUGACUCGACUUUUCCUGCAGACGUACUAGUGUAUGCAGAAAGUGCCGUGAUGGAGUUUGAAAAGCAAAUGACGAUUAGCGAGGAGUUUUGCGAUAUGGAAAUGAACAAGUCGAGCGUUUUGGUUUUUUUUAAAAUUUACAAUCCCAAAAAUCAGCGUCUCGAUUAUAUUAAGAGAGUCUAUAUGAAGAGCGCUAGCAAGUCCGACGUUUUGACGAAAGCGACGCAGAUUACGAUGAACGCAUUUAGUUAUUUUUGUGGCAGCAUCAUUGUUUGGCAAGAAACCGCGACUGGUCUUGAGAGAGUGUCCAAGCAAGAUUUAUCGCCUGUCAAAAAUGGAAGUUUGUUUUUGAUUGAACAGGAUGAUUAUCAAAGGCUCAGCGCUGUCUCCUCACCGAUUUGCAGACUUUAUUCCUUGACUGAGGCUACCUUUAAGUCCAAGGAAGACCCGUUGUCAGACCCGAUUGUUUUGUGUUUCCAGAAGUACGUUUCUUACAAGGAUCUCGUCAAGAAGCUCUGCGCUACGCUGGGGUGCAAGGAGGAUGAGCUGAGCGUUUAUCCUGCGGACUGCCAUUCGGGUGCGCUACAGCCGAGCCACACCAAAAUAGACAUGCAGAACAAAGUAUUCUUUUACAAAUUGUCGAAUAGUUCUGAAGGCAACGAUGAGGUAGAAGUGAGCUUUUUUUGGAGGCCAGAUCGUCAAAUCGUUCCUCUGGGUCCUUAUUCCGUUCGUCUGAGACCGGAUGCAGAUGUAGGUACAUUGCUUGAAGCCGUCGAAGGUGGCGCUGCUAUAGGGAACUUCUCAACGAACGCAGAGAUAUGUCUGCUUGCCAAGACUCGCAACGAGCUCUGCGUGUGUCCAAGAGAUAUGCCUGUAUCGUCUAUCGGAAGUUCAGUCGAGCUGGUUGUGGCUCCCUCACUCAAACAAGCGCCCAAUACUAAAAUUGUGACGAUACAAUUUGUCAAAAAUGUACCGCCCGAAACAAAUGUGGGCCUGCCCAUUUUUUUUGAAUUGUUUGAAAAAGAAGACGUAUCCAGUAUCAUCAAACGUGCAUCAGAGACUUACAUCUUGCCUGAUGACUAUGAAUUGUCAAGCAUAGCCCUGUUCUCCUCUGCUUCUUCGACGCUUGGCCAAAGUGAUGAAUUGGAUGUGCACCGACUGGACAAAUCCUCGUUCCCUCUCUUGUUUUGUCUGACUAGUAAGAGUGAUUCGAAGAGCGACGCGAACUUGAACGUGUAAAAAAGCGCCGGGUGCGUAUACAUGAGCGGCCGGGUGGAGCCGGCGGAUUGGUGUUGAAGUUCAGUAAUCGAGAGUGUCAUCCUGUCUGUGUCCAGCGCGGGCCGUUAGACGGGCGGUUGAAUGCCUCCUCCGUUCAACAAAUACACAAGUUUAUGAGGUGAUUAUGUACCCUUGAAAAAAUAUUUUUGGAAAAGCGUUUGCGCUAUCCUCGUGUACACGUCAAA